AUGGCGGCACCGCAAUUGGUGGUGGUGUGCGGAGGAGGCGUCAUUGGCUCAGCAGUGGCGUAUUACCUCGCUGUGAAGCACGGUACAAAGCCCAUCGUGGUAGAGGCGGUGGCCCCAGCCUGCUCCGCAAGUGGCAAAGCAGGCGGCUUCCUGGCGCUCGACUGGUGCGACUCCUCUCCUGUCGGCCCGCUGGCGCGCCGCUCCUUUGCGCUGCAUGCCCAGCUGGCAGCAGAGCUCGGGUGCGACACGGGGUACCGGCGAGUGAGGACGCACAGCAUCAGCGUGAAGCAGGGCCAGGCGGGCUCAAAUGUUGGUGGUGCAGGGGCCGGGGCCGCUGCCGACGCUGCCAAGCGCCUGCCUGGCCUGCCAGGCUGGGUGGCUCGCGACAACAUCGGCCAGGCCAGCGUGAUUGGCACGGAGGAAGACACGGCGCAGGUGCACCCCGAGCUGCUCACCAAGGCCCUCCUGCGGCGCAUGGAAGAGGGCGGCGGCAGCCUGCAGAUUGCUGCAGUGACUGGCGUUGUGGCCGAGGGCGGCCGCGUCACGGCUGUCAAAGUGCGGGACAGCGGCAGCGGCGAGGAGCGGGAGCUGCAGGCCGAUGCUGUGGUGUUUGCCAUGGGCGCCUGGUCCAGCCAGCUGCGCGAGUGGCUGCCUCAGCUGCCAGACAUCUCGGGCCUCAAGGUGCACUCCAUCGUGGUGGCAGACCCGCAGCAGCACACCACAGCAGACUGCCUCUUUCUAGCCUACAGGGGCAGCGACGGCAAGAGCCUGGAGCCCGAGGUGUAUCCUCGGCCUGGGGGGCAGGUCUACAUAUGCGGCGUGUCUGAGGACAAUGUGCCUGUGCCGGCCACCGCAGCAGAUGUGCACCCGCGGCCUGAUGCCAUUGCUCGGCUGCAGGGCGUCGCGGCGUCCGAGCUGGGCAGCGCAGAGGUCCUCAAGGAGCAGGCCUGCUACCUGCCCUGCUCCGACGAUGGGCUGCCUGUGAUAGGGCGGGUGCCGGGGCUGGAGAAUGCGUAUGUGGCAACGGCACACUCAUGCUGGGGCAUCCUGAAUGCGCCAGCGACCGGAGAGGCGCUCGCGGAGCUGAUCGUCCAGGGAGCCGCCACCAGCAGCAGCCUGAGCGCGUUUGACCCUGGUCGGCCCCGCCUUGGGGCAGGGGCGCGGCGGUGA